AUGAUAGCAAACAUAUCUACAGUUCUCUAUAUUAUAUCAACUUGUGAACAACACAUCUCUAAUAAAAUACUUCAAACCGGGUCGGCUGCUUGUAAAAUUGAUGGUGAUGGUGAUUUUACCACAUUUCGAUACACUCUAUGGUUACCCCUAAAUGAUGCUGAGCUGGAAGAUACCGAAGACACGUACAGAGG